CGCCCUUCAAAACCCAUCGCCGCUGACGUCACCCUCUCCCACUCCAGAUAUGCGCCAGCGAUCCCUUCCUUCACUCCACCUCUGAUUCUCCCCUCACCCACAGGUCCCCCCUCAUCAUUUUUUUGUAAUCUGAGAGAGAGACAAAGAUGAGUUUAAGGUACUUAGUUUCUAGGCAAUCCAAAUUCACUCCCAGGCUUAGUUCCCACUACUCCACUUUGUACGGCUUCACAACCCUCACAGACACAUUACCCAUUUCGAUUCCUCCAACGACUCAUGUUGCCUCCAAACCUCUCUUAAACCCUAGAAACCCAAUUCCCAUGGUGUUAUUAAACAGAGGGAUCCACUCCGCCCAGGUGGUUGAUUCGGUGGAUUCAGAGGCCGAGGAGGAGGGGGAUGUAGAUGAGGGUGUUAAUGAGUUCUUGUCUCGAUUCGUGUGGAUAAUGCGGCAGAAGCUCAAUGAGGCGUACCCCGGUUGCGACAAGGAGACUGUGAAUGGGAUGCUGCUGGUGAUUGUGCAGAAGGUUGUGGAGAAGAUGGAGGGCGGCGGGUUCGAGGAGGAGGGGGAAGGGGAGAUGCAGGCCGUGGCGGCGUCGGAGGAUUUUAGUGAGGAUUUGUGGAGAACAGUGUGGGAGGUGAGUGAGAGAGUUGUGGAUGAGAUGAGGAAGGAAGCUAGGAAGGAGAGGUUGAAGGGGUUUCUACACGAGAAGGAAGUUAAGGAGAUGUGUAGGUUUGCUGGUGAGGUUGGGAUUCGGGGGGAUAUGCUUAGGGAGCUGAGGUUUAAGUGGGCUAGGGAGAAGCUGGAGGAGACUGAGUUUUAUGAGGGGUUGGAGGGGUUUAGAGGGAAUGUGAAAGCCAAGGAGGAGGAGGAUGUGGAAGAUGAGGAGGAGGCUGGUGGAACUGAGGUGAAAGCUAAGGUUGAUUCUCUUCCCAAGAGGCGAGGGAAGAUAAGGUACAACAUUUAUGGUCUUGAUCUGUCUGAUCCAAAGUGGGUUGAAGUUGCUGAUAAAAUAUAUGAGGCGAGUGAGAUCCUAUCGCCCGAGGAACCAAAACCAAUCUCUGGGAAAUGCAAAUUGGUUACUGAGAAAAUUCUUCAAUCAAAUGAGGCAGAUGACCUGUGUCCACUUUUGGCUGAAUGGGCAGAGUUGCUCCAACCUAGUAGGGCCGAUUGGGUUGAUUUGCUUGAUAAGUUGAAGAAGCAGAACCCCGGGUUAUACAUGAAGGUGGCAGAACUUGUAUUGGAUGAGAAAUCUUUCCAGACGAGCAUCCAUGACUACUCCAAGCUUCUUGAUGCUUAUGCCAAGGAAAAUCACUUGGAAGAUGUUGAGAGAAUUUUGAAGAAGAUGACUAAAAAUGGGGUUGAACCAGAUUAUGUUAUAGCCACUAUUUUGGUACACAUGCACAGCAAGGCAGGUAAUCUUGAAGGUGCUCAGCAAGCACUUGAGACAUUGAGGAGCCAGGGCUUCCGACCUGAUAUCAAGGUCUACGAUUCCAUGAUUAAGGCAUAUGCAAAUGCUAACGAUCCGAAAUCGGGGGAGGCAUUGAUAACAGAGAUGCAACAAAGAAACAUCCAACCCACAAAAGAAAUGUGCAUGGCAGUGCUUCGAUCAUUUGCCCAACGUGGUGAUGUGGGAGGAGCGGGGCGAAUUGUCCAGGCUAUGUUGUUGGCAGGUGUUCAGCCAACUUUAGAAUCUUCUUCAGUGCUUGUUGAGGCAUAUGCGAAAGCCGGUGACCCUGAUCAGGCAAGGUACAACUUUGAUUCCAUAAUAAAACUUGGGCACAAGCCUGAUGACAAGUCCACUGGAAGCAUGAUUGCAGCUUAUGCAAAGAAGAAUCUACUCGAUAAGGCACUGGAGUUGUUGUUGCAGCUUGAAAAGGAUGGCUUUGAGCCUGGAGUUGCUACUUACACGGUUCUUGUAGAUUGGCUGGGAAAAUUGCAGCUGGUUAAGGAGGCUGAACAGCUAUUGGACAAAAUUGCUCGGCUGGGUGAGGCUCCUCCAUUUCAACUUCAUGUAAGCAUUUGCGAUAUGUAUGCCAGGGCUGGAGUUGAGAAAAAAGCACUACAAGCUUUGGGAGUAUUGGAGGCUAAGAAGGAGCAGCUGAGUGCAGAUGAGUUUGACAGAAUCAUCAGGGGGCUUACAGCUGGUGGAUUCUUUAAGGAUGCUGAGAGGAUACGGGGAUUGAUGGAGGCUCAGGGUUUUUCGUCGGAUCAACUUAAAAUGCUCCUAAUGGGGCAAAGAUUUAUCCCCAAGAGACCGUCAAUGAGAUAAUUAGAUUGCCAUCUACCAAUGCUUGCCGACUGUGAGACCAACGAUUUGCGUUUGCAGUUUCAGGAAUUGUACUUUGUUGUCGGUGAUAUGUAAUCGAUAAAUGGAGCUAGUGUAUAGGGCUGGAUUCGGCAGCCAACCGAGCCCAAACAGGCCCAGCCGAUACCGUACCGAAUUGGGUCGGUAAUGGAAUUUUUAUGCCGAUGCCGAACCAUGACAGGCCCAUACCGAGAUUUCGGUAUACCGAACAAUUCGGCUGGUUUGAUUCGGUAAUGGGCUUCUACCGAAGUAUUUGGCCCAUAUAACUUUUUCAGAUUUUUAAAGG